CGGUUGCCAGGCUUUGCGGCGCUUGAGGAAGUCGGAAGUUGACAUUUUUGCAGGAUCGUGGGCUUCAUGUGGGGCAGAACAUGGUUGUACUCUGCAGCCAGGCUAUGAGUGGAGUGACCUAUAGUGAUGUACAUGUGAGCUUCACUCCGGAUGAGUGGGCUUUGCUGGACCCUUUCCAGAAGAAUCUCUACAAUGAUGUGAUGCUGGAGACCUUCAGGAACCUCACUGCUAUUGGCUACACAUGGGAAGAUUGUAGUAUUGAAGAGCAUUCUCAAAGUCCUAGAAGACAUGGAAGUCAUCUUGAAAGGCACAAAAGAAUUCACAUUGGUGAGAAACACCAUGAAGAUAUUCAACAUGAUGAAGCCAUUGCAUGUCACAGUCAAUUCCAAAUACAUAAAAGAACACAUACUGGAGAGAAGUCCUAUGAAUGCAACCAGUGUGGUAAAACUUUUGCAUGCCACAGUUAUCUCCAAAGGCAUAGAAGAACACAUACUGGAGAGAAGUCCUUUGAAUGUAAUCAAUGUCGUAAAGCCUUUUCACAAUACAGAUAUCUUCAAAGGCAUAAAUUAACACAUACUGGAGAGAAACCCUAUGAAUGUAAUCAGUGUCAGAAAGCCUUUUCACGACACAGUAAUCUUCAAAGCCAUAAAAAAACACAUUCUGGAGAGAAACCCUACGAAUGUAAUCAGUGUGGUAAAGCCUUUUCACAACACCGUUCUCUUCAAAGGCAUAAAGGAACACAUACUGAAGAGAAACCCUAUGAAUGUAGUCAGUGUUUCAAAGCCUUUUCUCGACACAGUUAUCUUCAAAAGCAUGAAAGAACACACACCGGAGAGAAAACCUAUGAGUGUGAUCAAUGUGAUAAAGUCUUUAUAUAUCCUAGUAAUCUAAACAGGCAUAAAAGAAUACAUCAUGGAGAGAAAGACUAUCAAUGUAAUCAAUGUGGCAAAACCUUUACACAUCAGAGCUUUCUUCUAAGGCAUAAAGGAACACAUACUGGAGAGAAACCCUAUGAAUGCAAUCAGUGUGGUAAAGCCUUUUCUCACCCCAGUCAUCUUCAAACACAUAAAAGAACACAUACUGGAGAGAAACCCUAUGAAUGCAAUCAGUGUGGUAAAGCCUUUACAUAUAUCAGAAUGCAGUGCUACCAAGGAUCACAUACUGGAGAGAAGCCCUGCAAAUGUAAACAGUGUGGUAAAGCUUUUACAUUUCCCAGUCUUCUUCAAAUGCAUACAAGAACACAUACAGGAGAGAAACCUUACAAAUGUAAGCAGUGUGAUAAAGCUUUUGCAUAUCCUUAUUAUGUUAAAAUUCAUGAAAAAAUACACACUGGAGAGAAACCCUACAAAUGUAAGCAGUGUGCUAAAGCUUUUAUGUUUCCCAGUGAUCUUCGAAAGCAUAAAAGAACACACACUGGAGAAAAAUCCUACAAAUGUCAUCAGUGUGGUAAAGCCUUUAUACAUUCCAGUCAUUUCUACAGGCAUGCAAGAACACACACUGGAGAGAAACCCUACAAAUGUCAUCAGUGUGGUAAAGCUUUUACAGCUUCCAGUGAACUUCAAAUACAUAAAAGGACACAUACUGGAGAGAAACCUUACAAAUGUAAGCAGUGUGGUAAAGCUUUUGCAUAUCAUAGUUACAUUCUAAGUCAUGAAAGAACACAUACUGGAGAGAAACCCUAUGAAUGUAAUCAGUGUGGUAAAGCCUUUGUAUGUCACCGUAGUCUCCAAACACAUGAAAGAACACAUACUGGAGAGAAACCCUAUGAAUGUAAUCAGUGUGGUAAAGCCUUUGUACAUCCCAGUAAUCUUCAGAGGCAUAAAAGAACACAUACCAGAAAGAAACCCUAUGAAUGUGACUAA